UGUUAGUGUGACGUAUAAUCUAGUGGACGGAACGCUUCUUUCAGCAGCAGCAACAGUUAGUCAGCCACCUCGGUAGCUUGCUAAACAAAAUAGCCGAACCCAUAAAACUCUUUAGACGCUUUAGUGUAUAUAAGCCACUGUGUUUUAAACCCUCUUCUGUCGUCUAGUUAGUUAGUUAUCCUAUUUCAUUUCAUAUUUACGGUGUUGUUGUUAUUAUUCAGCUGGCGGGCUGGUUAAGUUAGCAUUAGCCUAGUUACCUAGCAUCUCCGACCAUGAGUUCACUAAAUUACUCUCUUCCUGCUGAAGAAGAGACGGUCUGCUGGACGGAGAAAGAAGCUCUCAUCAAAGAGGAGGAGGAAGAGAAGGAUGUUACAAUACAAAAACAAGUAGAGGGUGAGGCUGUUACAUGGAAAGAAGAAGAGGAAGACGCGUUCAGAGUGAAAGAGGAGGAGGAUGUUACAGUAAAAGAUGAGGAGGAUUCACUUUUUGAAGUGAAAGCGGAGGAGGGGGAGAAUACGGUCUCAUCGGAAGAAGAGGAGGAGGAAACUGGAUAUCUGGGCCCGAUUUCCCAAACGCAAUUUAAGGCAUCCAGUGGUUCUAAAGAUGAACUUAGCCAUAAGAUGGUUUUGAGAAACCGGGCCGUGAUUACCACUGGAGAGAGACGGGACUACCGUGGGUCCUCUGGGGAGCCUCAACAACCUCAUGAUGCUGACAAGGCAGAGAAGAGUUUCUCCACAUCAGAACACCUCAAGAAACACCAGCAGAGAUCCACAGGGAAGAAACCUCACUGCUGCUCUGACUGUGGGAAGAGAUUCACCUCCUUAGCAGGCAUUAAAAUUCAUCAGAAAAUCCACACAGUAGAGAAACCUUAUAGCUGUCAAUGUGGGAAGAGUUUUACUCAUUCAACCAGCCUGAUAUCACACCAGAGAACACACACAGGAGAGAAACCGUAUAGCUGUGAUCAAUGUGGGAAGAGUUUUGUUACAUCUGGCCAUCUGAAGAUACACCAGAGAACACACACGGGGGAGAAACCGUAUAGCUGUGAUCAAUGUGGGAAGAGUUUUACUACAUCUGCCCAACUGACUCUACACCAGAGAACACACACAGGAGAGAAACCUUAUAGCUGUGAUCAAUGUGGGAAGAGUUUUACUCAGCUAAACAACCUGAUAUCACACCAGAGAAUACACACAGGAGAGAAGCCUUAUAGCUGUGAUCAAUGUGGGAAGAGUUUUGCUGCAUCUAGCACUCUGACUCUACACCAGAGAAUACACACAGGAGAGAAAUCUUAUAGCUGUGUUCAAUGUGGGAAGAGUUUUACUCAUUCAACCAGCCUGAUAUCACACCAGAGAACACACACAGGAGAGAAACCGUAUAGCUGUGAUCAAUGUGGGAAGAGUUUUGUUACAUCUGGCCAUCUGAAGAUACACCAGAGAACACACACAGGGGAGAAACCGUAUAGCUGUGAUCAAUGUGGGAAGAGUUUUGUUACAUCUGGCCAUCUGAAGAUACACCAGAGAACACACACAGGAGAGAAACCUUAUAGUUGUGAUCAAUGUGGGAAGAGUUUUACUACAUCUGCCCAACUGACUCUUCACCAGAGAAUACACACAGGAGAGAAAUCUUAUAGCUGUGAUCAAUGUGGAAAGAGUUUUGGUCGAUCUGGCCAGCUGACAUCACACCAGAGAAUACACACAGGAGAGAAAUCUUAUAGCUGUGGUCAAUGUGGAAAGAGUUUUGGUCGAUCUGACCAUCUGACAUCACACGAGAGAAUACACACAGGAGAGAAAUCUUAUACCUGUGGUCAAUGUGGGAAGAGUUUUACUACAUCUAGCAUUCUGACUGUACACCAGAGAACACACACAGGGGAGAAACCUUAUAGCUGUGGUCAAUGUGGGAAGAGUUUUAAUACAUCUGGCUCUCUGACUGUACACCAGAGAACACAUACAGGAGAGAAACCUCAUAGCUGUGAUCAAUGUGGGAAGAGGUACACUGAUAAAAGAUCUCUGAUAAAACAUCAGAAAAUACAUGGAGUUGUUUCAUGAUAUCAAUGAAUUAAUGUCACAAUGUGGAAUGUUUUAACAUUGUAGUAGGAGUAUUUUAAUCAUGUCACAAUGUAGAAGCCUAAAUAUUUGUCCCCUGUUCUAUUGAUUUCAGCAUGAUACGGAUAUUAGCCUCAGGAAAAAUCCAGGCUCUGAAUUGGAAGAGUAGUAUUUAUGUGAUUUAACAAAAAGUGACUAACACAAAAAGAGCUGUGUUACACUUACCAUGUUGAUGACCCACUUGAAUCAAAAUGCAACACUUCAAAAUGUAGCGAUCUAUUUUCUACAAAUUGUCCUCUAAUCAAGGAUGUACACAUACUCCCAGAUUCUGUGUGGUUUUUGAGCUGUUCGUUUUAACAGGACGUGCAACCUCAUCUCCCUUCUGUCACACAAUUAAUUUUGACAUGAUAUCGAUGAGUGAUGACAAAUAAGUGUUGUGUUCCUUUGUUUAGCGACCCCUAAAUUUAAAUGCAUCACUCCAAAAUGUAGCUGACUGUUUUCUGCAGGUUGUCCUCUAACCAGUGAGGUAAAAUAUAUCUCCCAUUUCCAUGUGUUUUUUUUAGUUGUGUUAGUUUCAACAGCAGGUACAACCUGAUUUCCCCCCUAAUCGAUAUCAGUGAUUUAUUGCUACUUGUCAAAACAACAGUGUUUCUGGUGCUUGUGCAGUUUAUAAGGAGCUUGUUUUAAAAAAUAUUAUUGUGGCAGAUGUUUGUGUAUAUACCACAUGUUAGGUUUUCAAUUUAUCCCAAACUGUUUCUGCAUAUUGGUUAUUGAUUUGGACACGUUAAAACUGUGUUUUGACAUUGGGGCUAUCCCACCUAGAAACUAUGCAACCAAAUAUUUCAUAUUUACAUUUCAUGUAGCAUUUGGUAAUGGUAAUUAUUUAUGCAACCAACUGACAAUUAUAUUGACAUUGUGCUUUUAGAAUAGCAGGUUUAAUUCUCAGAUGUGCCAACCCAAAUGUACUAGAGCAUGACAUUGGGGACUGGGCCCUGAUCCAACAACAUGCCUAUUGAGUGAACCCUGAAAAGAGAGAGAAGCUCCACAGUGAGGUGGAAAGUUACUACGAAUAUUGCUGGAGUUUCCUCUUGAAAUCAGACAUGUCUGUGGUGAGAACAACCUGGUUGCUGAUUGUCUCAAGGGGGGCAGUCAAAAUGUUUUGCGUUUAGCCAGUGUGUUGCCAUGGAUCACAAUUUAUUUUGACUGUUUUUCCGUAUUGGAGAUUAGUUUUGUUUGGGCUCGUUUCAAGGGGACGAGAGUUUUAGGUUUCUCUGUGGGGAAAAUAAAUAUUGUUUUUAGUUGUUGUUAGACAGACACCAUGUUUAUAUUGGUGAUGGUGAAGCAUUGUAGUUGAUUCUAAUGUGACAUGGAAGUUGUUUUCUGUUGGUGGUGAGCAGUCUCUUAAGCUUUUGGUUUUUCCAUUUAUGUUUUUAGGUUGGACUUUAGCACGUAUAGCUCGUUAGCACGUAGGACCCACUGAUUGGUGUCACCUCGUUAGUCAGUAUGUGUUACACCUGUGCUGGCUUGUCCAUCUCGUUAGUGGGAAGGAGUUUCACCUGAGCUGGUCCAGGUUCUAUUUAAGAGUGUCUGGCCCAGUGCUCCAGUUGUGUUGAUAGAUGUGGAGAGUCAACACCCUUAGUUGAUCCACCUUUUUGGUUUGCUUCCUGUCUUUAAGUUUGGUGUGAAUUUUUUUUAUUUUGUUUGCUUCUUCUUGGGCAGAUUUAGUGGGUCUCAUGGUGGUUGUCUUUUAGGUCCCAGUUGUUGUUACUAGUCAAUUUUCAGUGGACACCACCAUAGUGUCUUUCAGAGCCCCUCCUAAAAAAACAAGCUGAUAUUUUGGGUUGGAUGUUGCAUCCAAUUAAUAUUUUAAUCAAUGGCAUUUCCUUAGAAUGUUCAUUAGUCUUUCAGUUGUUAAUCUUCUGUUUUUUUAUCCUGUUAUGUUUGUGUACUAAGUAUUUCUGUUUAUUUUCAUUGUUUUCUCCUGUAAAGCCAUUGUGUUGCAUCCAUGUCUGAAAUGUGCUGUAUAAAUAAAGCUUGAUUUGAUUUCAACA